UGGAGGUUCUUGGAUGUGGUAACAGCCUGUAAGAUUUAAUCCAGGAAAAGAAGCCUCAAUUUGUCAAACACGGAAACGACAAGCGAAGAGAUUUUGUCUCUGUUGCGUACUGUACUAUUUGCCUUCAACAAGAUACGCACAUUGAACAGACGCGGGAAACCAAUACAAUCACAAAAGCCAAAACAAUGCCAAGAAAGAAAGAGAUUGUUAAAAAUGCUGCUCCUUUACCCAGAAUUCAAGAAAACUCGAGGCUUAUGCGGACACACGAAUCAAUUGUUGAUUUAAUAAAUGGACGUCAUGGGGGCUCCUUCCUGGAUGUCUUGGGUUUAGAUUUCUUCAGGAGCUUGAGUGCAAACCUGCACAGUGACAUCAUAUAUUCAGAUGAUGAUGAUGAUGAUGAUUUUUAUCCACAAAGUACUGCUCAUAGGCCUUUACAACCACAUCCACGAAUAAGACAACUUACUGAUGAGGAGGCUGAGAAACAUGCAAAAGAACUUAUAGCAGAGGAGGAACGACGUAAGGAGAAAACUGAGAGGAACAAGCGUAAAAAAUUGGAGGAAGAACAAGGGAAGUCGGACUCCUCAGAAAAUCAGGAAGAAAAUCAUUUUAUUGAACCUAAUGAAGAAGCAAGUGAAUCUCCUAAAUCAUAUAAAAUACACAAUACAACAGAGGCUGCUGGGUGUGACGACAGCAGUGGUAAUAAUAAAGAAGAAACUGUUGUGAAGAUCAAUAAGAUAAAGGAUGGGGAGCAAAAGGGUUUGGAUUUAAAUAAUUCAUAUUCUUCUACUAGUAAAUUGGUGCCUGAAGAGACAGAGACUUGUAGCCAGGAGAUGGCAAAAGAAAGAAAAAAGAAAAAAAAUAAAUUACUGAAAGAUGAGCAGCUCAAAGAGGAAAAGACGAACAUUGUGGAGAAGCCUGACGUUCAAAAGACAAAAGAAGAGAAACCUGAAACAAAGGAGAAACCAAUGGAUCUCGCUGCAGAUGAGUAUACAAAAAGAAGCCGAGAGCUUGCCAUUACAGGAAAUCACUUGGCUGCCUCUGGACAGUAUGAGAUGGCAGUGAAAUGCUUUACCGAUGCCAUUAAAUUCAACCCAAGGGAAUUUAAGUUGUUUGGAAAUCGGUCCCUCUGUUAUGAAAGAAUGCAGCAGUAUGAAAAUGCUCUCAGGGAUGCUGACCUAGCACUCUCCAUGGAGCCAAACUGGGUUAAAGGUUUAUUUAGGAAAGGAAAAGCACUUUGCGGGCUCAAGAAAUACUACGAGGCCUCGCUGAUCUACAAGCGGGUGUUGGAGCGGGAUAGUUCGAGUGAUGAAGCCACACAAGAGCUGAAACGAGCACAGACAUUGCACCUCAUGGAAAUGGGCUUCACCUGGGCGGAGAGUUCGGAGGCCUUGAAAACACAUGCCACAUUAGAGCAAGCCAUCGAAGCUCUGUUUGGUGGUGACAGUAACCCGGGUCCUGGAGAGGCUGCUGCCAGUAAGGACAAUACAGACCAAGCAGUGUUGCAGGAUGAAGAUAAUGAUGAGGGAGAGUGGACUGUCCUACAAACAAGCCGUCUUAGAACGCAGCAGGUCAGGCAGUCUAAUGUUCCGGGACAAAGCAAAUCGAAGUCUCAGUCACCAAUGCCUCAUUCAAGGAGCUCUGUGAAACCGACACUUUUCCCCAUUUGGGUUGGAUCCUUGGCUCCUACUGUCACCUACGCAACACUCCAUGAGCUCUUCAGCAGAGUUGGGGUCAUCUACAGCAUCAAGAUGCUGCUGGAGCAUCAGUGUGCCUUUGUGAACUACACGAGAAAGGAAGACUGUGACACAGCCAUCCAGUGUUUUAAUGGAAUGGUGGUAGAGGGGGCUCCUCUGUCAGUGCGACAUCCCCUUAAAAUCAACACUGGACUCGGUGUGUCCAAAAUGGCUGCCACCGACCUCUUUUCACGUUCGAGCUCGUACAAGAAGGAGUGCUUCUUCUGGAGGACCACAGGCUGCAUGAGACAGGACUGCACCUACAGGCACGUGCCAGAGCACAAGAGCAUUGAUAAGGACAAAUUCACCAGUCGACUGGGACAAUUUAACAUUUAGGAACUCUGAAGUAAAAAGCAUGCAGUGCUUCCCCUGGAUGUCAACCCAGGGUGCUUUUAGUUUCCUCUUCUCUAAAUUUGGUUUUGGUUCUUGUGAAAGUUGGGCUGCAAGAAGUGUUCAGUGAUUUUUGCAUUUUACAUUCUGUUGUGUUUUUGGAAAUGUUGGCAUGGUGACGGCCCACCACUGGUGUAUGACUACAGGAGAUGCACCAAACCAAAUUGUGCUGGUGUGCUAUAGUAAAAAUGCCUGAUAUCAUGCUAUAAGCGGUCCUUUGCAGUAGGAUUUUGUCAGGGGUUAUUUGUGAUCUAAACUCUUAAAACACCUGAUUUUUACUUUGUUUUAAAACUGAUUUAACUGAUUUUUCUGUUGCUCUCCAAUCCUCACUCACUAGGUGGCAGCAUUGUCUUAACCCUUAACUUCAGGGCUGCAAACUGUUCUGCUUUUACAUGUAAAGGCUGUGACUGAUAAAGUAGUUGUGCUACUGGACACAAAUUGUCAUACAAUAAGUGCCUUUCAAUCACUAUGGCCACAGUUUCAUCAAAGUUUGCCUAGAGGGAAUUUAAGCCUCAACUCUGAAUGUGCCAUACACAUUAACCUAUACAGUACAAGACCAAAGGCUGGGUGUAGGUGAAACCAUAUAAAUGAACCUGAAUAUGAUUCGCUAUAAAACUAAUAUUCAUCCUGAAACAACAAAUGGUCUGGAGUGGGAUUAUUCAAGCCUCUGCACCUCUGUGUAAUUUGGGAUGUCACUAUGCGGUCAGAGCCAUGACUUGAAGAUGAGUGCGGCAGGUUUUUUUUACUGCUCUACCACCAAACUAUAACCAGAUUAAUUCUGGAAGCCGCAGCGUGUCCGGUUUCAGA